AUGAGGUCCUCCAUCAUCACUGCCCUCGUCGGCGGCAUCAUCGCACAACGUGCUGCCGCCACCCCUGCGGACGAACUCUUCGCACGUCAAGCCGGCUGCAACCGUGACAACUGCUUCCGCGCGCUUCUCGGUUCCAAGCCCGGCCCAGCUUCGGCAUCGGCAGACUGUUCAUCAUGGAUGCAGGUGACUGAGACUCCUUGCACUUCCACCGCAACCCAGACGGCCACCGUCGUAUCGUACACCACCACCUUGGCCAAUGCGUAUCCCGGGCUCAAGAAGAUGAAGCGCGAGGAGAUCGAGGCUCGCCAGGCCUCGACCACCACCGCUGCUGCCCCGGUCUGCACACCCGCGCAGAACCGCCCAAGCAGCAUGCCGGCCUACGCUGAAACGGGUUGCAAGAGCACCAUCGGAACACUCGUUCCCACGGCGCGCUACUCGUCUGCCUGCUCCUGUGACGGCAUCACCGCCACAACCACCACGCUGGCUACCCCGGUCACUACUAUCACUGUCACGACCACCGUCGAGGCUGCCUUCACGCCCACGGCCACACCCACGGCAUUCGUCCUGCAAGGUUCCGGUGACCGGAGCCUGUAUGUGACAGUCGAUGGCCAAGGCGCGCUCCGCCUUGUCCGCGACGCGUCCGUUGCCACACCAUUCUACGUCGACAAGGCCGGACAAAUGCGCAACUUGAACAGCCCGGACAAGGUCCUCGUGGACUACUACCAGCCCGACCCUGCCACGGCCAAUGACAAGGUUUACAGCGACUUGCAGGGCACCGGAAACUACCCCAUCACUUGCUCGUACACCGGUCGCUCUGACGGUGCGUACUAUGGCAACUGCCAAUCGAGCGGCUCUCCUACUGGAAACCCUGUUGUCUAUGGCUUCGGAUACUGCCCGAACCAGGGCGGAUACGUCUACAUGAUCCCCAACAACUCGAACGUUCGCUGUGCUGGAGGUUAUGCUUUCCUGGGCUUCUGGCUGCAGGCAUACACCAAGGCCUGA